GGGCUCCCCAGCCUGUCCUAGCAACGGUAAAUAUCAUUUCUCGAGCCUCUGGGGCAUGCACAAAAGAAAACAAUAAGAAAUAAGGGAUUCGAGACAUUUACAAGGAGACGAAAAGGAAGAACCUGCAGUUGGGGGCAAACUAGAGCAUCCUCUGAACCUGUCGGGUAAGAUGUGCCGAACUGCUUUAUGGACGAAUCUUUCAUGUGACUCAAGUACUUCUAAACGUGACAGGGCCUGGGGGCUCUCAAGGCAUGGCCAGACACUCCAUCCUGUAUUUCAUCCUGCUGAGUGCUCUGAUUGACAAGAGCCAGGCCUGUUUCUGUGAUCAUUACCCAUGGACUCAGUGGUCUAGCUGCUCAAAGACCUGCAAUUCUGGAACCCAGAGCAGAUGGAGACAAAUAGUAAUAGAUCAGUACUAUCUGGAUAACUCUUGUGACCAGCUUUGCACCAAGCAGGAGACUAGAGAAUGUAACUGGCAAACUUGUCCUAUCAACUGCCUCCUGGGAGAUUACGGACCUUGGUCAGAUUGUGAUCCUUGUGUUGAAAAACAGUUUAAGGUUAGAUCCAUUUUGCAGCCCAGUCAGUUUGGGGGACAACCAUGUUCGGAGCCCCUGAUGACCUUUCGACCAUGCAUUCCGUCCAAGCUCUGCAAAAUCGAAGAGAUUGACUGCAAGAAUAAAUUCCGCUGUGACAGUGGCCGCUGCAUUGCCAGCAAGUUAGAAUGCAAUGGAGAAAAUGACUGUGGAGACAACUCAGAUGAAAGGAAUUGUGGGAGAAAAAAAGCAGUAUGCUCACGGAAGUAUGAUCCCAUCCCUAGUGUCCAGUUGAUGGGCACUGGGUUUCAUUUUCUGGCAGGAGAGCCCAGAGGAGAAGUCCUUGCUAACUCUUUCACUGGAGGAAUAUGUAAAACUGUCAAAAGCAGUAAAGCAAGUAAUCCAUACCGUGUUCCGGCCAAUCUGGAAAGUGUCAACUUUGAGGUACAAACUAAAGAAGAUGAUUUGGAAACAGAUUUCUACAAGGAUUUAAUUCCCCUUGGAAAGAAUGAAAAUCAACAAGCCUCAGCUUCAGGCGUAGGGAGCAGCAAUUUUCAUUUCCCUGUUUUUUAUUCCUCAAAAAGAAGUGAAAUCUCUACCCAUAGCUCUGCCUUCAAACAAGCUAUUCAAGCCUCCCACAAAAAGGAUUCGAGUUUUAUUAGGAUCCAUAAAGUGAUAAAAGUCUUAAACUUCACAAUGAAAACUAAAGAUCUGCAGCUUUCUGAUGUCUUUUUGAAAGCACUUAACCAUCUGCCUCUAGAGUACAACUCUGCUUUGUAUAGCCGAAUAUUUGAUGACUUCGGGACUCACUAUUUCAUCUCCGGCUCCCUGGGCGGCGCGUAUGACCUCCUCUAUCAGUACAGCAGCGAGGAACUGAGGAACUCAGGUCUAACAGAGGAAGAAGUCCAACACUGUAUCCGGAUUGAAACAAAGAAACGUUUUCUUUUUGUUAAGAAAACAAAAGUGGAACACCGGUGCACCACGAACAAGCUGUCAGAGAAAUAUGAAGGUUCGCUUUUGCAGGGAGCUGAGAAAUCCAUAUCCCUGGUUCGAGGCGGGAGGAGUCAGUAUGCAGCAGCUUUGGUGUGGGAGAAAGGGAGCUCUGGGCCCGAGGAGAAAGUGUUUUCUGAGUGGUUAGAAUCAGUGAAGGAAAAUCCUGCUGUGAUUGACUUUGAGCUUGCUCCCAUCUCGGACUUGGUAAGAAACAUCCCCUGUGCGGUGACAAGACGGAACAACCUCAGGAAAGCUUUUCGAGAAUAUGCAGCCAGGUUUGACCCUUGCCAGUGUGCUCCAUGCCCUAAUAAUGGCCGCCCCACGCUCUCGGGGACCGAAUGUCUGUGUGUGUGCCAGAGCGGCACAUACGGCGAGAACUGCGAGAGACGCUCCCUGGAUUAUAAAUCUACUGCUGUGGAUGGGUACUGGGGUUGUUGGUCUUCCUGGAGCCCGUGCGAUGCUACUUAUAAGAGAUCAAGGACCCGACAGUGCAACAACCCUGCCCCGCAGCGAGGAGGGAAGCCCUGUGACGGGGAGAGGCGGCAAGAGGAGCGCUGCACAUUUUCAAUAAUGGAGAACACUGGACAACCAUGUAUCAGUGAUGAUGAAGACGUAAAGGAAAUAGACCUUCCUGAGAUAGAGUCCGAUUCAGGGUGUCCUCAGCCAGUUCCUCCAGAAAAUGGAUUUAUCCGGAAUGAAAAGAAACUGUACUCAGUUGGGGAAGAAGUUGAAAUUUUAUGCCUUACUGGGUUCCAAACUGUUGGAUACCAGUACUUCAGAUGCUUACCAGACAGGACCUGGAGGCGAGGAGAUGUGGAAUGCCAACGGACGGGGUGCCUCAAGCCAGUCGUGCAGGAAGUCCUGACAGUCUCGCCAUUUCAGAGAUUAUAUAAAAUUGGUGAAUCCAUUGAGCUAACCUGCCCUAAAGGCUUUGUUGUUGCUGGGCCGUCAAGGUACACAUGCAGUGGGGAUUCCUGGAUGCCACCCAUUUCAGACUCACUCACCUGUGAAAAAGAUAUUCUGACAAAAUUAAAGGGCCGUUGUCAGCCAGGACAAAAACAGUUGGGAUCUGAAUGUGUUUGCAUGUCUCCAGAAGAAGAUUGUAGCCAUUAUUCAGAAGAUCUCUGUGUGUUUGAUACAGACUCCGAUCAUUACUUUACUUCACCCACUUGUAAGUUUUUGGCCAAGAAAUGUUUAAAUUAUCAGCAACUCCAUUUUCUACAUGUUGGUUCCUGCCAAGAUGGUCCACAGCUGCAAUGGGGUCUUGAAAGGACAAAACUUUCAUCCAAUAGCACAAAGAAAGAAUCCUGUGGCUACGACACCUGUUACGACUGGGAAAAAUGUUCAGCCCCCACUUCCAAAUGUGUCUGCCUACUACCGCCCCAGUGCUUCAAGGGUGGACACCAACUCUACUGUGUCAAAAUGGGAUCAUCAACCAGUAAGAAAACAGUGAACAUCUGUGAAAUAGGAGCUGUAAGAUGUGCCAACAGAAAAGUGGAAAUACUGCAUCCUGGGAGGUGUUUGGUCUAACACAAUUACUGAUAAACAGAUUUGCCAUCCAAAAAUAAUCCCUACAAAAGGGCAUUCUUGUACAAACAACAGACUGGCAGGCCCAGAAGUUACUGACAAAUUCUCUUGUGUUAGUUUCAUGUAAUUACUCUCCCCUACCUCUCCUGUCUUAGCCUCCUCUAUCCAGUUCCAGCAUAUGACCCCCUGUAGCACACUCCUAGGUAAUAACUUUCACGUCAAUCUAGCAAAUUCCUCUGUUCAGGUUGCACUAAAAUGAUGGAACUUCCAAGGACUUUAUGAAGCCUGCAGUAUUAAGCAUCCUCACAAGUAGAAAUAGGAACAAAAACCAUAAUUUCCUUCAGCGAAUUAGUAAACACGGAAAUCUACAACAACUUGUAAAACACAUUCUUGAAACUGAACCUUCAUGCAUUCAUUCAGCAAAUAUUUCGGAAUGUCUAUAAUGGGCUAAGUACUGUUUCAGGUGCUGGGGAGUCAGCAGUGAACAAAACAGACAAAAGCCCUCGUGAAGCUCACGUUCACGUGGAAGAAGAUCUACAAAAAAUAAAACAGGCAGGUAAAAUAUAUAGUAGGUUUGAUGGUGAUAAUUGUAUGGAAAAAUAAUGCAGGGAAGGGUGAAUCCUAUCCUUAAGCCUUAUCUCAUGCAAGCAAAUAUUCCAUAGUAAUAAGCAUCACAUUAAGGAUGAUUGCACUCAAGUGGAAAUUACCCUGUUUAAAGUAGUUAAGAAUAAACUUUGGAAUUCCAUUUUCUUAGCAAGGAGAAAAAAGAUUCAGCUUGUAAGCUGAAGUGUGUGAUGGAUGGAAAAUCAUAAGAUAAUUUUGAAGGAAUAAUUUUUAAAGUCAGUCAGAUCUUUCGUCUUAGGCCAUGUCAAGUAGACGCCCAUAUUGUCGUUUUGGAUUGGAGAAGAGAAGAUUCUUUGAAAGAGCAGUUCUCAAAUAUUAGUGUGCUCGGAAUCACCUGAAGCUCUUGUUAAUACACAUCCCUGUGACUGACCCCCAGUUUCUGGUUCAGUAGGUCUGGGGUGGAGCCUGAGAAUUUGUGUUUCUAACAACUUUCCAGGUAGUACUGCUGAUGAUCAUGAGGGGAUCACAUUUGAGAAUACUUAGUUUAGAAAUGGAAUCAUCAACCAGCUAAUCCUGAUUACUAAUUGAUCUCAAAACCUUAGCCAGCCAAUGUCUAAGCAGGUGAGUGGAAACACAUUCCCUUCCUCUAAAACUCAUUGGGAUUCCCACCUCGUGGAAGGGGGCUAUGAACUACAGCUCCCUGGUGGCACCCACGCUAGACUGUUUUACAUUUGGAUUCCCACCUCGUGAAAGGGGGCUGUGAACUACAGCUCCCUAGUGGCACCCACACUAGACUGUUUUACAUUUGGAUUCCCACCUCAUGGAAGGGGGCUGUGAGCUACAGCUCCCGGGUGGCACCCACACUAGACUGUUUUACAGGAAAUGCAGCUCCUCUUCGAUCUCCUUAAUCAAAGGAUGUUAGCAAAAUCUAAAACAUCUUGUAAUAUCAAAGGAGAAGAAUGAGAAAGGAAAAAGCCUAGAAACAGAAAACAUAUUUUCCUGGUAUAACAGCAACUGAGUGGGAACUUUUCUUUUUCUAGGAGUCUGUAACCUAUCUUUUUCCCAGGGAAGCCACUCCACUCCCUCCUCACUACAGGAGUGGUACAGACCACACUUUUAAGCCUCAAGCCUUUGGCACUCCCAAGACCCCAGAUAGAGGGCAAAAAGGAAUUAAAUACUCUCACAUCCUAAGGAAAGCCACUAACAACUGACUCAAGGAACUUUCCUCAGAACUGCUGUACCCAACUCUCACACCAGCCCCACACCUCUCCAGGCUAUACAGCAGGACUAUGGGCAGAGGGAGGGGAGCCAUGGGGAUCUGCAGCCACAUGAAUGCAGUGCUCAUAGUGAAAGUCCUCCUCCUCUCCUGUGCUUUUCCUCCCGUUGGUGAAGAGGAGGAUGAUGCUGAAAGUACCCACUGAAGCUAGGCAACUGAAGCCCCGAGAGAAUCAUUUGUAGGGUGUGGGGUCGCAAGGAUAUAUGGUCCUGCCCUCGCUGGCUGGAUGCUGUGGAAUCUUAGAGCUGCCGCUGGUGAGCAGGGCGCUGGAGGAGUUCCCAGAGAUGUGGAUCCAUACCACUGGUGGAGUUCUCCCUUACAUGAGCACAAGACCACUUCCUGCCUAGCGAGUGCUGAGGGCAGGAUGCUUACAAGAGAAGCCUGCACCAUUUUCAUAGCAGGGAGUGGUGUGGCAUGACUGGGUGCAGCCCUUGCUCUAUCUGAAUCCCAAGGCAUAGGGAAGGAAUGGAGAACUUUGGUACUGCUGGCUCAGCAGGAAGGAAUACAGAGAAGAGGAAAGGCAGGAGCUCUGAGGCCAUCCUGAGUCUUGAACAUAAACCUAUGGAAAGUACCAAAAGGAGCCACAGCUGCCUCUCUCACAGGGAGUUCUGGGGGACAGAGUGGGUAGGGGUAAACCAAAACACCACCCCAAGAAACACAGGAGCCACCAAUAACAUAGAACCAGAUUUAGUAAGAACAAGUCCAGAGGUGAUGCUCCGUCACUGUUUAUUACAUCAAAUAACUCCUGCCAUCUCUUCUGGGUCCACUUCCUUGCUUCCAAUACCAGACAGCCAGACCCAGCAGAUCAAGGGGAGGGGAGUGUCCUAGAAUGAGGCAUGCUCCUCCCCAUCACUUCUCUGAUGCCAGAGGGGUUAUAAACAGACAAGAGCAACCCUGGUACCCUCCAGACCCCACGUCUUCAGAUCCACAAGCCUGGCUGACCCUGGAGGCGGAGAAAGAGAUAAGAUGUAAAUUGGAUAUGACAGUAGAGACUUAAACUGGACCAACUUUUGAAAACAGAAACUGACCAGAAAUCUACAUGGCCUGUCCCAGACAUGAAGCAUGAGAAAACCGGAAUUUGGCAGAACAUAGUGAAAGCUGUGAGCAUGGCAUUAGUUUUCUAGGACUGACAUAACAAAGUACCACAAACUGCAUGACUUAAAACAAGGAAAUAUAUUGUCUCACAGUGAAGAAAUCUGAAAUUAAUGUGUCAGCAGUGCCAUGUUCUCGGAAAUCUGUGGGAUAGAAUUCUUCUUUGCCUUUUCUGGGUUUUGGCGUUUGUCAGAAAUCCUUGGCAUUCCUUGGCUUGGAGAUGCAUCACUCCAGUCUCCGCCUCCAUAAUCACUUGGCUGUCUUCAUCGUCUUCCUUCUGUGCACAUCUGUCUACCCAAAUUUGCAUUGUCUUGUGAGGACAGCACUCAUGUCGGCUCAGGCCCACUCUAAUGGCCUCAUCUUACUUGGAUUACAUCUGCACAGACCCUAUUUCUAAAUCAAGUCACAUUCACAGGUACCAGGGUUUUGGACUUUAAUGUAUCUUUUUUUUGCAGACACAGUUUAACCUAUAGCACUGUGAUUGGGGAAAACAAAAUGUUUUCUUUUUGCACCCCAUAAUAUAAUCGAAGGUUUAUACCAGCUAUUACACUCAUAUUGUUUGAUUAAAAUCAGUCAUGCUUGCUUUAAAGUGUUUUAUUCUUUUACUUGUAGCAAUCUUCCCUUUUAAUGGUGAUUAGUUAGUCUUUUUGCCACUUUAGUUACCUUUGUUUCAAAGGAUUUUUUGAGUGCGCUAAUCCAUUAAAGUUUGCAUUAGGCUGAUUUGCAUUCCAUUUACCAGUGGAAUUUUUCACUCUGAUAUUAAUAUUAAUACAGCAAUUUAGUACAAGUGUUAAGAGCUAGUGAUAAAAUUGUCAUCAUGAAGCAGAGAGCAAACCUGAAACAUAUUAAAUACCUGGAAUUUGGACCUAGAAUCUCUAACGCUGUCCUAGAAGAUUAAAUAAAUUCUAGAUGAGAGGUAACAGCUUUAUCCUCUUGGGCUACCAGAGAUGAAUACCAACCAUUCAUGCUUAUAGCUUAAGUAACUGGAAACCAAUUCAGGUCUUUUUUUUAAAUAUGGAUUGUAAUUUUUGUUGAUUCUGCCAGAUAUUGACAAAAUAAAUGAGACCUCCAUUUAAAGAAUUUUAUAGAUAGAAUGCUAUUUAUCUCACAGAUCCUAGGAGCAGAGCUCUAAGACUAUGAUUUUAAAAUUCCAGUCCUCUGGUGAGGUGACAUUCAAGUUUAACUAAAGAGUUCCUCUUUUUGGCAGACUUUAGUAAAGCUCUCUAAAUUUUAGAAUAUGUUACUGUUUUUUUCUCCUUCUACAAAAGCCUGCAACUCCCACAAUCACCUUUCUUUAGUUUUAAAGAUUGAGCUCUUCUGUUAUACCCAGAAGAGCAGCCACAAGCUAAACCUAAUCCACAUCCCUUCCUCAAUUCAAAUUCUGAGUAAUGAGAAUCUCACAGACCAUGAUGUCUCCAGUUGGUGUUGGGCACCAAAUACCCUGAAGCUUGAUUAAUUGGAUUCGAAAUGGCUGGCUCUCUCUAAGGUCACCUUCAUUCUUUUGGAAUACGUUGUGUGUGGAAUCAAUGAGGCAUCAAUCUUCUAACCAAACAAAUGGCCUGCAAAAUUAUGCUUGUAUCCAUUUUAUUUCAUGAGAGUGAGACAGGCCACUGCUAUCCUAUUUGUCUUCUUGACAAGUUCUAGCUGCACAGCUUCGGUUCCACGUGUCAAAUGUCAGUUAGUAGAGGUAUGUGUCACCAAUCAAGGGACUCCAAGGAACAGAUGGUGCCUUGAAAGUCAUGCUCACAAAGAUUUAUAUAGAAAGAUGUUCAUCACGACAUUAUUUUUAAUAGCAAAAAAUGACAGAGUCUAAAUGUCCAAUAAUAAAUUAUGGCCCCUCCAUAUGAUGGGACAGUAUGAGACCACUGACAAGCAUCUUUUAAAAAAAGAUAGGAAAGGACAUAAUAAAAGAUGACAAACCAGGCUACUAUACUAUAUAUAAUUACAGCUAUGUAAAUUGUGUGUGUAUGAAAGCCUUUAAAAACAACGAUUGGGAAAACAAAUCUCUGGAAUUUAGAGUUAUUUUCAUUUCCUUAUUUAUAUUUUUCUGUACUUCUAGAUUUUCUACAAUCAGCAGGCAUUUUUUCUGAAUAAUUGGGCAUGAAAACUCAUCCUAAAAAUUUUUGCUUCUACUUAGGUGAAAAGAACAGAUAGCUAAUUCUGCUUGUAUAGACACACUGAUGACAAAUUGGCCUUGGAGUUCAAGCCAGCCUCAUUGGUCUAGACCUGCCCACACGAGGCAGGUAGUAGCUUUCAGCCAGCCAUGUAAGCCUCACAUGCAUUCAUUCAUUCAUUCACAAGCAUUUUCUGAAUACCUGCUAAGCCACGAGAGUUAGGUCUAUAAUCAUGCAGAGAUUUUUGGAGAGGUUUAUGGUAUACUGGGCAGAUUUUAAAGGUAUACUUAAACCAGUAUUACACAAAAUAGAAAGCAUUGAGUUACUAUUAAAAACUUACAGGUACCGAUAACAUCCUUAGGAAAUAAAAAAACUGGACAGUUUAACAAAAUAAAAUUGAGCCUAAAUUCUCAAAGUUUGAUAACAGUUGGAGAUACUGAGUAGCUGUUUGAACAUGGACUGAGUUCUUCUGAGACUCAGUUUCCUCUUGUGAAAAUAGGGACAAUACCAGUCAACUCAUUCUAUUUGUUCUGAGGAUUGGCAAUAUAUAUAUAUUGCAACUACUAAAGAGCCUAGAAUAAAAUGUGCAUUCAACUACUUGGGUGUUAUCAUUUAAUGCCGAUAGAGAAGAGUGACUGGACUUCACCUCUUAUUUCCCACCACAUGAGACACUUCCUCUAUCGCCAAUCUUGUCUUGAAGCCCAAUUUAUUAAGGAGCCCAUGGAUUUGCUUAGCGUGCUCAAGAGAGAGAGAUGGCUGGAGGAUUCAGACUCCACAUCUAACUAAGCUGAUGAAAUGUGCGUGUUCACUGUGCUCACGCAGGCGUGACCACAAUGCUCAACAUCAGCCAUAAACGUUUUAAGUUCUCUUUGGAAUGAAUCACCCUUCAUGCCAAAUAAAUGGAGGUGACCCAAUGUUUACAAUUGAAAACCUGACAAUCUGUGAUAUCAAAGCAAUAUGAACAGAAGAUCCAUAAACAGAAAGUGAAGAGCAAAUUCAACUGGGUAGCUGGAAAUAACACUCGAAGGAUUGCUUGCUUAAUACCACCCUUGCAUGAUGGAACAACAUAGUGGAUUUGGAAAAGACUACAUUUUACCUAAAACAUGAGGGUAAAGCCAUAUCAGAGUUCAAAGCCAGGAGACCGGAAUUUGUCUCCUCUGUGAAGCUGUUAUUUGUAAUAACACCAGGAUCUAAAGCACCACCCUAACUGAAACAUCUCCGUUUUGUUUAUAACAACUGAAAACUAAUUCUUGCUUUGGGACUUGUCUCCUCUUCUACCAAAAGGCAGUGAUUCACACUGAUACAUCUUUGCAAUUGUCAAAAGUGCUACUCACCAGUGUGGCUGGCUCUCCGUCUCCCAGGGACCUGGUAGGAUCAUACUUCUUGGCUCCUGUGGGUUGGGGUACCACGUAAUUGGUUCUGACUAAUGAAAUGUGAGCAGGAGUACAUGUUUAGCUUCUGGACAAAACAUGUAAUUGUUGGCAUGAAGAUUCCCCAAAAGCCCGCCUUUCACUGUGGCACAUUUGAAAUGGUGGCUGCUCCAUCAACCUGAGUCUCUGAGUCACUAACAUGAGCAGAGUCCUCUAGUCUAGAGAACUCUGUCAAACUUCUGUGGGUAUGUGGCAUGAGCAAAAAGUAAACCUUUCUGAGAUUUGGGAGUGGUUUAUUUGUUACAUUAUUACCUAUCCUACUUGUCUGUCUAUAAGUGUAACAAAUGACAUGAUGACAUUAGAUGCUGAUCUCUUUCAUGUCCCCAAAUUACAUUCCAGAACACUUUCAGCUUUCUAUGGGCAUUAUUGAGUAAAUAGGAAUUGCUAUUGCUUUGAACAUGGCCUGUAAUCAUUACUAUGCUUGGGAAAAAAUACAGAAAUAAAUUAAAAUUAGAAAAAGGGAA